AAACAGACCUAAAAUUCCCCAACCCGUGGUCGCAAUCGCAGUCCACACAACCCGCAGCCGCGGCGCGCACCUCGCCGCCGGGAGACGCACCGCCUCCUGCUCACCCCAGGCGCGCGACCUGCAAGCAGCAAUUCACCGCGAUCUCCCUCCCCUCUCCCCGUAUCGAUUGUCGACCGCACCGUUGGUCGUUGGGCGGCGCUGCGGGACUCGAUGUCCGGGGGCCAAGAAGGCGCCGAGGGCUCAGAUCACGCCAUGGACUUAGUUGAAGACCAGAAUAACUUGAAAACCAAAAGGUCAAGAGCUACGAAUUGGCCUAAAGUAAUGUCAAAAUUUCUACUUGAGUGGUACCUUGAGAAAAAGAAGGCGAUGCCACCUAAAUCCAAAUUCAAGAAGAUCCACCACCAUUAUUGCCAAUCUGCACUAAAUGCUAGAUUCGAGUCAGCUUACACUGUUGAUCAGGUCCAUCGUCACUUAAGGCGUUUCAAGGAGGUUUGGAGUAUUGUGGCACGUUAUAUGAACGAGAAUGGGAGCAGGAUUGACAAGAAGAACAGAAUGUUAAUACUACCUUCUGCAACGAUGUCUGCUCUACCUUUAGCAGAACGUGCUAUUCUCGUUAAACCUAUUCCAUUCUUCGACCAUUUGCAAGCUCUCUUUGGCGAUUGCCCAGUUGAUCGUGCCUCUAUGACAGUCCCGUUUACUGAUGCUGACUUAAGUGAUGAUCAGUUAGAAUCUCAGGACCCAUCAAACUUGAUGGUCGAUCAUGCAGACCCAGACGAAGCAGGCUUGGACAAAGUUGUUUUGGAGGGUGAAGAUGACUGUCAUGACGUUGUAAUUUUUAACGGUGCUGGUACAGUGCCCUGCGAAGUUAUGUCAGGCACCAGUGCACCAUCUGCUGAACCAUCUGGAUCCUAUGCAGAGAGCACAAUGGCUGCUCUCAAACCCAGCUUGAAGAAGUGCAAGAUAGUCAGCAAAGCAAAAGCAAGUCCAAAACCGCAGGCCCCUGUGCCACAUCAUAGCAGGACAACCGAUGUGUUAAACAGUAACUUGAUAGGGAUCCAUGGCAGUGUCGCCAAACCAAUAUGGACAGCAUCAACAUCGUUAGACCCGAAUGCUCCUCUGUGGAGCAUGCUGAAGGAAAUUCCAUUGACACCUGCGGAUAGACUAUCAGUUGGAAUUCAUCUUUGUAAGCCAGAGUCGGAAGUUCAUCGAAGUUUUUUCUUGAGUAUGGGUAAGGAGUACCUCGAGGCAUGGGCCCAGAAGUUCUUGGCUGGAGGGGAACCUGGAGCCUUAUAGUUUUGGUAGCUCAACUGCCGCAGUCGGUUCUUCUUGUUGCUGCAUCAAGUCAGCCACACUCUCUGCUGAUGGAUUGUUGUUCAGAGGGCCUUGUUUCUGCUGCUACAUAUUGCUGCACCUCCUGUGCUCGCGGCAUAGGUAAAUAUUACUACUAGGUAUCAUGUGGUUUAACAGCUUAGCUAACAUUUCAGCCAUGCUUGUGUAGUAAUUUCUGGGCAAUUUAUGGGCACCUUAAGAUCCAGGUUUAUUUUGUCUGAUGUCCCAAGAUUACAGAUGUCAACAGCAAAUGAUGGAAUGUUAUGUGUGGUUUGCUUUCUGACUCUGUCCACCGGAAUGUUCUUCGUUUCAGACCUCUUUGAUUCAAAUGAUUUUUAUACUCCCUUUGUCCCA